AUGGGCUACAUUGCCAAUACCCCGGAGGAGCGCCUCGAGCGCUCCGACUCCAAGAACCCUAAGACAACGUGCAAGGGCCUUACGGGCGCAGGAAACCUAUGCCGCAACUCGGUGACGCCUGCGAGGGGCAAGAUGCUUUCACCAACGGCCAAGGAGGAAUCGCUCUACUGCCACCACCACAAAGACCAGGCUGCAAGCCGCUCUGCCCAGUCAAGCCCCGGCCCUAGGCUGUCCGGCAGGCCCAUCUUGGAAGAGCGAACGAGCAUCGAUACCCUCGCGGACCGCCUCGGCCUGGUGGACGUAGGCUCCAACCCGACCAAGAAACAGAAACGACCACAGGCCGGAUGGCCCAGCAGCGGUGGUGGUGGUAGCCAAGCUGCGACCUCCUCCAAGCCACCGUCGGCUUAUACACGUCCGCCGCAGAAGGACCGCAAGGAGCUGCACCUCUGCUGCUGCUUCAGCAUCCCCAUCGAUGAAGUUCAGGAAUCCCAGCCCGCGCCUCGGCCCCAGCCGCGACCGGUGCAGAACGGCGGCUCCGCAGCCAUGCCCCGGCCCUCGAGCCAGCUUCUGGCCCCGUCCAACUCGCGCCCGCGACCCAGCACGUCGAGCCACUCCCGGAAGAGCUCCCAGCAAGCGUCCCCUCAACCGCUCUCGACGUCCCAGACCGCGCACUACCUAUCGCUCAUCCCCCCGUCGACCGAUCCGCAGACGGCGUCGGCGUUGAUGGCGGAAUUGGCCCGGCCAUACGGAAGCUCCGAAGAGCCCGGGUAUAUCUACAUGUUCUGGAUCACCCCGACGUCCAAGAAGGAGGCGGCACCAGUGCAGGAGGCAAGAUCGCUCCUGGCCCCGCCCUCGCAGGCCCGGGGCGGGGGGCGCAACCGACGAUCCAGCGACGUUGUCUCGGCGUUUGCAAACGCCAACGGUGGCGCGUCGGGGGACAACAAGAUGCUCAUCAAGAUCGGGCGGGCGCAGAACGUCCAGCGCCGGAUGCAGCAGUGGACCAAGCAGUGCUCCUACGAGAUUGAAGUUCUCCGGUACUACCCGUACAUACCGGGAGCAAGCGCGGCAUCAGGACAACAGCCGCGCAUGACGCCGCAUGUGCACCGCGUCGAGCGGCUGAUUCACAUUGAGCUGUCGGGCAUGGGAUUGCACGCCGGGCCCAUAACGUGUGCCGGAUGCACUUCGGUGCACCGCGAGUGGUUUGAGGUGCAGACGUCCAAGAAGGGCAUUGGUGCGGUGGACGACGUGAUUCGGAGAUGGGUCGAUUGGGACGAGACGACUAUCUAA